UCGAAAGCUAGCACAUAUAUUUUUUAUCUAAUGGAUGUUUUAAAAACAAAAUCUUUAGAUGAUUUUAAAACAAGAGUUAAAGAGCAUAGAGAAUUAGAAGGGAAAUUAAAAAAUGGUGCUUUUAAUGAGAAAAUAUAUUAUAUUUAUAAAAUUAUAGUUCGUGAUCAAAUGAGGCAAUUAACUAAGCAAUAUGAUAAAUCAGAAAAUGAUUUAAAAGCACUUCAAAGUGUUGGACAGAUUGUAGGUGAAGUGUUAAAACAACUCAAUGAAGAUAAAUUUAUUGUUAAGGCAACAAAUGGACCUAGAUAUGUAGUUGGAUGCAGAAGGCAUUUAGAAAAAUGUAAGCUUAAAGCUGGCACAAGAGUUUCUUUAGAUAUGACUACUCUAACCAUCAUGAGAAAACUUCCCCGAGAAGUGGAUCCAAUUGUUUAUCACAUGUCAACUGAGGAUCCUGGAAAUAUAAGUUAUGGUUCAAUUGGAGGGUUAUCUGAACAAAUCAGACAACUUAGAGAGGUCAUUGAAUUACCUUUACGAAAUCCAGAAUUAUUUCAGAGAGUUGGUAUUACUCCACCCAAGGGAUGUUUAUUAUAUGGUCCUCCUGGAACUGGUAAAACUCUUUUAGCAAGAGCUGUUGCAAGUCAAUUGGAUUUUAAUUUUUUGAAAGUAGUUUCAAGUGCCAUUGUUGAUAAAUAUAUAGGAGAGAGCGCACGUCUUAUACGAGAAAUGUUUAAUUAUGCAAGGGAUCAUGAACCUUGCAUAAUAUUCAUGGAUGAAAUUGAUGCUAUUGGUGGUCGGCGAUUUUCGGAGGGCACCUCAGCAGAUAGAGAAAUUCAAAGGACAUUAAUGGAAUUAUUAAAUCAAAUGGAUGGAUUUGAUGCAUUAGGCAAGGUUAAAAUAAUUAUGGCAACCAACCGACCUGACACUCUAGACCCUGCUUUAUUAAGACCUGGUAGAUUAGAUAGAAAAAUAGAAAUUCCAUUGCCAAAUGAAAUGGCCCGUUUAGAUAUUUUGAAAAUACAUGCUUCUACAAUAACAAAACAAGGAGACAUAGAUUUUGAACCUGUUGUAAAACUAGCAGAAAGUUUUAAUGGGGCCGAUUUGAGAAAUGUUUGCACUGAAGCAGGUAUGUGUGCUAUUAGAGAUGAAAGGGACUACGUUAUUGAAGAAGAUUUUAUGAAAGCUGUUAGAAAAAUUGCAGAUAAUAAAAAAUUGGAAACGAAAUUAGAUUACAAACCAUUGUAGUUUAUUUUUAUAAUUUAUACAAAAUGUGAUUUUAUUAAUAAAAUUUAAGCAAUUUUUAAAAUUUAAUUUUAUCAAUAAAAUGCAGAAUGUAAUUUUAUUAAGAAAAUUUAAACAAUCUUUUCCAGUUCUUUGGCAUACAUCAAGGAAUUAAUUGUUAAUUCAUAAGGCUUUAAUCCACUUUUGGCACCAGAUAUAUCGUUAUUCACAAAAUUAAUUUUAGAGCCGCGAACUAUCCAAUGCUUCUAUGAAAUACAUGUUUUAUCUAUAAAAUUGUAAUAUUUACCUUGUCAAUAAAAUCUGAUAAUUC